AUGCAAAAGCCCAAAUGCCCAACGACAAACGAGGAAACGCCUCCGUCCAGCUCUCCGGUUUCGGAACGUUCACUCUUCCCUUCAUACUUUAUACACUAUCACCUCGCCGGCUCCUACUCAAUGGGCGCCACCGCUGUCAUGCUCCAGACUCCGGCUGGACCGUCCCGUCCUCGCGCGCCCGAGGCGUCGAAGGUAAAGCGGUCCCUCGCUCGUAUGGUCUCGACGGCGAUGCAAAACGAGCGACUAAAGCAGCAAGCGAAGGAUAACGGCACCGCAUGCGACCAGGAAGCAGCGACCGGAGUCAAGAGCGAGCCCGUGGUCGAUGCGAAAGCGACGAACGUUGCUUCGGGAACGGCCAGCGGGCCAAGACCGAGGUUCUCACCACCACCCGUCGAAGCCGCGAGCUUGCCCACCGUCUCUCCGCCGGCUGAACGUACGCAUACAAUCGACGAGUUAUCAAACCCGCUACACUACGAACCGCUGCCAUCCCAGCGGCGAAGCAGCGAACCGACGAAGUCGUCGCUGGGCGAUCUCUGCGUGGACGAGCUCCGGCGGAGGGUGUGCGAGCAACUAGAGCGUGAGAAGGCGUACGAGACCCUAGUGUCCGAACUCGAAAAACAGCGGCUAGACAUGAUGAGACGCGAGCAGUCUGCCCGGGCGCGGAUAGCGGAGCUCGUAGCGGAGGGCGUGCGGAUGGCUGCCUGGGCUGCUUCCUUGCGCGGCGUCGCCGACAGGAGUAGUAUCGAGGUGCUGCAGCUACGUAACGACAUUACGGGGUUGCAGCGCAGCCUGCAAAGGUCGGAGGGACGACUACACCGCGGCGAGGAACUGCGGUGCGAAGUCAUGGACGACCUGAGCGCCGUCCUCAAGCGCCUGGCGGCGAGCCCAGGUGAUGCGGCGGGCUCAGCAGUGCUCGUUGACAUGGUGCUGGAGAAGGUUAGCACGGGGCUAGACUGA